UGCCCAUCCACUCGCCAAAUUGAUAGGUUUCAGAUGCUCGAUUGGCCAUCCUUUCGUCUCAGCUCACUCGACUGGACGGAGUGUUUUCUCACUGAUCCAUAUGGUACCACAAAUACUACUAGCACCACAACUAUCGGGAUCACGACCCCCGGAAAGGACACAAACUCGACUUGGUACUUGCAUUCAUUUUCAGCACGCCGACCACUGCCUCAAAUGUCUUGCUGGUGUCGAGAAUGCCCAGAUUGUGAGGAUGGCACACUGAAGCGCUUCCAAGUUGCCAAUUGCACAGAAGAGCCUCAUUGGUCACCCUGGUCGGGCUGGUCUCAAUGUAGCCGAACUUGUGGCGUUGGGGCACAAAUUCGCCGGCGUGUCUGCAAUUCUUCACCCUCCUUAUCUACUCCUCGAAUAUUAUCUACCUUCUCAGCACCUUUGCAUAGUCACAUAGAUAAUCACCUUUUGAUCCCGAUGCCUACUCAAGAAAACAGCCACAUUCCUUCGGCACAGCGUGGACAAGUAGAUCCAAGCAGCCCACAACCGACCUCUGAUUGGCAUGAGCCCAAAAAGUCUCGAUGUCGGAACCUACAACACGAUUCUGAAGAUAACUUACAACUAGGUGUCUCCCUAGAGCAAGAAACUGUAGCGGAUGGGCUGAGCAGAGAAAGCGGAACUGAUUGGAAAGAGGCAAGGCUGGUAUCGGAUGAAGUUCAAUUGGAGACGAGGCAGUGCAUGCUGAGAAGCAGUUGUGAUUUCGGUAGGCGUUCUAAGUAUUUGUUUGGAAGCCGCUUUAGUCUGCAAAGGAUAACCUAUUGGCCUUAA